GCCGGUCUAGAGACAGGUCUGUCUCCUGACCCCACACGCAGCCGAGGGGGGCUAGUACCUCGUCGUCAUCUGCCAGGCCCGUAAUCUGCCAUGGGCCCCCGUACCGACUCCUCAUGCUGCUGCCAGGCCCGUAAUCUGUCAUGGGCCCCUGUACCGCCUCCUCAUGCUGCUGCCAGGUCCAGAGUGUGUCAUGGGUCCCUGUACGGCCUCCCAUUGCUGCUGUCUCCAUCGCCACACUCUGCCAUGUGCCACUUUCAGGUCUCCUCACACUGCUGGUGGGUUCCAUUUUGUCAUAGGGUGCUGGCAGAUUACGGGCCUCCCAUUGCUGCUGCCAGGCCCGUAAUCUGCCAUGGGCCCCCGUACCGACUCCUCAUGCUGCUGCCA